CAAUCCACACCAAACGCCAUCUUGAAACUGUGGCACUGGUCACAGGAGAGGGAAACGUUGAGGAUACUGCACGCUUGGGAAAAUGAUGUACUGCCGUUCUUGUCUUUGAUACACUCAUGACUUGACAGCAGCGUGUUGUCAAAACUUAUUCGCUGUUGAUCUCAUGUGCGUUUCCCAACGACGUGUGUGAUAACAUUUUGGUUGCUCCAAAGCUGCAAUUGGAUACGAUUUUUACAGACACUGGUUGCCAGUUUUUACGGUGUGCACAACUAGCUCGUAAAAGCCAACUGACAGAACACAUUGCAAUCCAUUGGGAAGGGGAAUUACAAUGUUUCUGUUUGGAAUCGGAUUAUGCGCUAGCAUAACGUUAACUUUACAUUUUGGAAGGUGAAGACAGCGUCGUGAGUACCAAGAAAUUAGAUGUAUCAAAUAUAACGUUAGUCCGCGAAAUGUGGUGUAUUGAAACGUCUUUCUUAUCUAGCUAGCUGACGUUAGAUCAUUUACGAUAGCUAGAAAACGACGUGAUUUUAAACUACCUGAAGCUAGCUAAGAUUGAGGGUUAAUUAGAUAUGUUCCAUUAUAUUUUUGCUAAUUUGACUGCUUAGCAUUAUUACCCGGUUUCGUCUAACUAGGUAAAUUAACAAGAUUGAAUGUGAAGAAAAGUAACAAAUGUUAAACACUGGAAUAGUUGCCUAGUAUUAUUGCUAGCUACUAGUACUGUAAGGUGCUACGGAUAGUUAGACCAACCUGCAACAAGUCAGUCAUUAGCUAUGGUUUUAACCAUUUUGUAGCCUCUAGCUAGCUACACAAGUAUCACCUCUUCCACAUUUUUGGACAUAAUUCUUCAGGACCUUCAACUGUGUAACGUAGUAGCAAGCCUCUUGCCUGGCCAGUGGAUAUUUUGGAGUCUUCUCAACAAACACCUGUCAACUGGAAAGUCCGUGUUAAUACCACACUAUGUUGACAAUACUAGCUUGCAAACUAGCUGGCUAAGUUACAUUUUUCUUUUUUUGCACAGACCUUCACAACACACAGUGGAGGAGCAAACCUUUGCAGCUGUGUUGUUUAUUUCCCGGAAAUAAAAGGAUUGCAAUUGGAUUGAAAAUGGGAGCCGCUAGCGAGCUGGCGUUUGCUGUUUUUCUCAUCUCGUUUUCCUCAGGUGCAAUCCUGGGUCGCUCGGAGACACAGGAGUGCGUAUACUACAACUCUAGCUGGGAGAAGGAGCGAACCAACCGCAGUGGCAUCGAGCCUUGCUACGGAGACAAGGACAAGAGGCUCCACUGCUUCGCCACCUGGAAAAACACCUCGGGAACCAUCGAGAUCGUCAAGCAGGGCUGCUGGCUGGACGAUGUCAACUGCUAUGACAGUAGUGAAUGUGUGGAGACGAAAGAGAGUCCGGACGUCUUCUUCUGCUGCUGCGAAGGCAACAUGUGUAACGAGAAGUUCCUCUACAGCCCCGACACGCAGGCUGUCCAAAGUAAGUCAUCAUCAUCGACCUCCAACCCGUUUACCCAGAAGCCUCAGCUGUUCAACACCCUGCUGUACUCUCUGGUGCCCAUUAUGGGCAUCGCCGCCAUCGUCCUCUUCUCCUUCUGGAUGUACCGCCAUCACAAGCUGGCAUACCCGCCCGUCCUGGUGCCAACACAGCACGCCUUUCAUAUAAUGAUAGAGGACCCACUGGGGCCACACACCCCUCCCUCUCCCAUCAUGGGGCAGAAGCCAUUGCAGUUGAUCGAGAUCAAAGCCAGGGGGCGCUUCGGCUGUGUGUGGAAGGCUCAGCUCCUCAACGACUACGUGGCUGUCAAGGUCUUCCCCAUUCAGGACAAGCUGUCAUGGCAGAACGAGUAUGAGAUCUACAGCCUGACUGGGAUGAAACACGAGAACCUGCUCCACUUUAUCGGCGUGGAGAAGAGAGGCAACAACAUGGACAUAGACCUCUGGCUCAUAACAGCCUAUCACGACAACGGCUCUCUGACUGAUUACCUGAAGGCCAACGUGGUGUCGUGGAACGAGCUGUGCCAUAUCUCCCGGACCUUGGCCCGUGGCCUGGCCUAUCUCCACGAGGACAUCCCUGGGCUGAAGGACGGACACAAGCCCGCCGUCGCACACAGGGACAUGAAGAGCAAGAACGUGCUUCUGAAGAACAACCUGACAGCCUGCAUAGCGGACUUCGGCCUGGCCCUGAAGUUUGAAGCUGGGAAGUCAGCAGGAGACGCCCACGGCCAGGUGGGCACGAGGCGCUACAUGGCCCCUGAGGUGCUGGAGGGGGCCAUCAACUUCCAGAGAGACUCCUUCCUGAGGAUAGACAUGUAUGCCAUGGGGCUGGUGCUGUGGGAGCUGACCGCUCGCUGCACCGCUGCAGACGGUCCUGUGGAUGAGUACACACUGCCCUUCGAGGAGGAGGUCGGCCAGCACCCGUCUCUAGAGGACAUGCAGGAGGUGGUGGUCCACAAGAAGCUACGGCCCUGCCUCAGAGAGUGCUGGCAGAAACACAUAGGCCUGGUGAUGCUGUGUGAGACCAUCGAGGAGUGCUGGGAUCACGAGGCCGAGGCGAGGCUCUCGGCAGGCUGCGUGGAGGAACGCAUCAUCCAGAUGCAACGCCAGACCAACAUCAUUGCCCCCGAGGAGAUUGUCACCGUCGUCACCAUGGUGACCAACGUGGACUUCCCUCCCAAAGAGUCCAGCCUAUGAAUGGACGGACAUUGACUGGACGUGUCAAGUGGUGGACAUGGAGCAAUUUUGGUUAGAUGUUUUCAGGUAUACAUUGAUCAACCAGAGUGGCCCGUACAGGAUCAUGAACUCUGGAUGAUCCCGGGUUAAACUCUGACCCCUGACCCCCUCAGAUGGGCGUGGUGUGUUUUAGUGCUGUGCGCUACACUACUGUCAUUCAGGAAAUACCUGGCUGUGCCCACCAACACUGGUUUGGUUUCUACCCACUUCAUAGUAUCAUGAUGUGUUGGACUCAGUUGGACGGCCAUAGCGAGCCUCAAACUGUAAAGAAGAAUCCUCCAGAGGAACAACACUAGGUUGUAACGAACCCUGUGUGCUGGGCAAAAGGGAUAUUUUAUAUAUGAAGAAAACACUAGGACCUCCUAACAGACUUCUGUUCUAUUUUCUAAGAAAAAGAAGAGGAAGAGGAUGGACUCUACGAGACGAACUCUCACGGCUCAGUAAAGAAAAAAGGGCAACUUGUUUUAAAAUUCCUUUGCUGUUUUCUUUCUGUGUUUGUAUGAUAAUGACAAUUAUAAUGCCAAUAAGAAACAGCUUCUGAAUGUCACGUGUACUGCUGCUGUAUAUAAUAUCAAAACAAUGGUAAUCAAGGUUUAUUUUAGGGGGGGGAUCCAUUUCCAAGAAUUACUACUUCGAAAGCAAAACCAUAGACCUCCCUCAAGUCAACAAGGUAUACCUCAGUUCCAUCUUCAUUACAACACUACAACCAUAGAAAUGGAACUACUAUUGUUUCUAGUUCUGUUAAUUAUAUUUCUAUGAUUACUACAAUCUCUCUCUAAACUAUUCAGAUGACGUCAUUACUUUGGUAUUAUUCAACUGUAUACUGUACAGCUGUGGCAGGUGAAAAUAUAAUAAUUAUCACCACAGUUUUUAAAACUAGUCCGCCAAGAGAUUUUAUUUUUUUUGCAUUAUUUUGUCCCUUGCUGUUUUAAUUAGUUUUUAUUGGAAACAUUUUAAUCCUACAUUUUAAGAGUAUUUCAAUAACCACCUAAGUCAUUAAAAUUUUUAUUUUUUUUAACACUUCCUUAUUUUGGCUUGCUGUGUCAACUGAGUAUUUAAUGAUGUGAGCAUGCCUUUUGGUUAGCCUUUGAUAUUCUUUUUUAAAAAGCUCAGGAAGCUACUCUUCUGUCUCUCUUGACUUCCUAGUUAUUACCCAUCUUUAUCUCCCAGUCCCUAGCUACUUCUCGAGUCCCUUGCUACUUACCCCUCUGUCUCACCCUGUCCGUAGUUACUACCCUUAUGUCUCUCCCGAGUCCCUAGCUACUACCCUUCUCACUUCUGUCUCACCUGAGUCCCUAGCUACUACCCUUCUCACUUCUGUCUCACCUGAGUCCCUAGCUACUACCCUUCUCACUUCUGUCUCACCUGAGUUCCUAGCUACUACCCUUCUGUCUCUCCAGUUCCUAGCUACUACCCUUCUGUCUCUCCAGUUCCUAGCUACUACCCUUCUGUCUCACCUGAGUCCCUAGCUACUACCCUUCUGUCUCUCGCAGUUCCUAGCUACUACCCUUCUGUCUCUCCAGUUCCUAGCUACUACCCUUCUCACUUCUGUCUCACCUGAGUCCCUAGCUACUACCCUUCUCACUUCUGUCUCACCUGAGUCCCUAGCUACUACCCUUCUUGCUCUCGCAGUUCCUAGCUACUACCCUUCUCGCUCUCGCAGUUCCUAGCUACUACCCUUCUGUCUCUCCAGUCCCUAACUACUACCCUUCUGCUUUGAGACCCGGGUGACCUUUCACACUGACUAUCUCUUCCUGGUGUCAUCUUAACCAUAGCAUUAAAGACAUCUCUACUUCUAGCCUCUCGAGAUGAUAAACUCGGUUGAGCCUUUAAUCAGUGUGACAACAUUACUACUGUAGACCCACCCUGGGCAAAACUAGGGUGUCUCUCGUCGUCCUUCCGGGAUAUGAAUUGUGAAUGUGUUCUGUAUACCAUUUCUAGCUUGUCGUAUGAGCUCAGAUUUGUCUUCUGGGUGACAUUUGACACGGAUGAUGAUGAUGAUGAUGCGUUCAUCUUUGCAUUCUCUCUCUUCGCACCGAGUCAGUGUUUUAACUGGAGCUACAACAACGUUCAGGGAUUCAAUACUAUGCUUUUCAGUAAUUACCACAGUAUAUGCAACCCGUGCAGAAUGGUGCAAGGGCGUACAUACUUGCAAUCCUGCAGGAGCGACUUUCACACAACUGUAGCAUUUUUUUAAACAGUUAAUCUUGUCUAUUGAUCUUUUAGUUAUUUGCAGACCUGAGCUUUUGAGUAUUAGACAGGGAGCAGGUGGGCCGGUGCCAAAUCAAACGAUUAUUACUUUACCUCUAUCUGAAAGACAGUGGAACGGACUUAGGGAAGGCCCAACUGCAUUGCUAGAUUGUGUCUGUACUCUCGGGGGUAAAGGCUGCAGUUGGCCAGUGGUCUCGCAGCGGAUGUAGGCUCUAUCGCAAUUUGUCUUUCCUUGGUUCCUCACAUCCUGUCUCCUUGCCUAAUAUGGUUGAGGAGGAGGAGAGGGGAUGUGAGGAUUCAAGGACAUUUUAAUUGAGAAAGCCAUAGAAUGGUGGCCGUUACUGUGAAUCCCCCCCUCCCUCCCUACACACUGGAACCCUGUAGCGCUCAGCAAUACAACUAGCAAGCAAAGGUCAUUGGAGGUAGAGUGGAAGGGGCACCAGUUUCCAAGCAGUUAGCGGUGAACCAACAAUCAGAUAUAUAAUCACUACAGUACUACUGCAUUAUUUUGAUUGUCGUAUGUGCUUUUGAGAAAAUCCUCUGAUUUUCUGGUAUUUUGAGGGUAUAAUUUUGUUUACCUGAUUUUAUUUAUUUUUUUAAACCACAGCUACUUGUACAGAGCUGAUUUCACUGUACAGACGUUUUAAACCCCAAACCACACUACAAUCUUCUUAGUUGAUCAGACCUUGGCCUUUUUGUGAGUUGAUUUCUUUCAGAUAAACUUCAGAAAGCCCGAUAACAUUUGACUUCAGAUUGACUGGAAUAUUGAAAUGCACAUUAUGUAUAUAUACAUGCCAUUUUUAGAUUGUAGAUGAUGGAUAUAGCAUGAGGUUGUUUCUAUUGUUUUUAGAAUAUAUUACAAAGAAGCAAAAAGAUCCCUGAUGAAUUCAUUAUUCCAUAUUAAGAUAGAUUUUACCUGUUUAUUUUGUAUAUCUGUUUUUAAAUUGUAUCAAUUUAUGACCCAAAUGGCCCAAAACGGUCACUCUUCCUUCCCGUGAUGAGACUAAUUUCUUUCUAAGGUGGUCUAAUGAUAAAUUCCCUCAAAUGAAACCCUAUAUUGAUAGUUUUACCAUUUUCACACUACUGAGGUGAGUCGGACUGGGGUGGCCUGGUUAAGCAUCCACCAUAGUUGCUGAAAAUGACAAUGUGAUCGGAAAAUAUCAGAGCCAGCAAAUUAUGAUUUGGGUUGGCUCAGUAGUGUGAAACCGGUCAUUGUUUUAGCUCAGACCCCAGAUGUUACGCUACAGCAUUGAGAUACCAUUGCUACAAUAUUCCAGCAAUGUUGCAACAAUGUUAUCCCUUGUAUGUGACCAGCAGACAGUGUUUUCUGUAACACACUUCCUCUCAAAACAACACUAAAGCUAAACCUAGGUUAGCUUUGGUUCUGUAUUUGCUGAUAGUCAAACGGUGUGACUUUGGCACAAAUGACUGUUCUAGUGGACUUGCCAAUAAUUUUUAUGGUUUGCAAGUUAUUCAAUAAACUUUUUCAGAUGCCUGGUUGGAAGUGGAUGUUAAAUAUUGUACAGAGAAAUUGUAUGCUAUUGUCCCUAAAAUAAAGUAUAGUGACUGCUCA